UUUACGGCUUCGGGGGAGUGGCUCUUUCCAGGCGAGAAGCGUCCUCGAGGAGCUGUUGAGGAAAGGUCCGAAUGCGAUUAAACCUAAUCUGCGAGACUUGCUAAGUGAGUCGCGGCAGGGCGCGGUGUCCGGCGCGGGUUCUGUAUGAGGGAGGCGAAGUGCCGCCAGGCCUGGCUUCCGCAUAGAUUUGCUCAUCUUCAGGACCACUGCCUGGUCUCGGAUUUGAUACGUUCGGGUCUGGCGUGCUGGUGCGGUUCAGACUAACCCUGACCUGUGUGUACACUCCUGAGUCACGAACCUCCGACCCUCUGCCCCUCUAUUCAAAUGGAAGGUUCUCUGCUACAAACAUAUUUAGAUAAACUUCAGUGAAAUGACUCUUCAGGAAUUGGUGCAUAAGGCUGCCUCCUCUUGUGUGGACAGAAUAGCUGUAUGUUUUGAUGAAUGCAACAACCAGCUUCCAGUUUACUACACCUACAAGACUGUGGUUAAUGCUGCUUCUGAAUUAUCAAAUUUUCUGCUGUUACACUGUGACUUUCAAGGGAUUCGGGAAAUUGGUCUCUACUGCCAACCUGGGAUAGACUUACCCUCUUGGAUUUUAGGAAUUCUCCAAGUCCCAGCUGCUUAUGUACCUAUUGAUCCAGAUUCACCACCAUCAUUAUCAACUCAUUUUAUGAAAAAAUGUAAUCUAAAGUAUAUCCUUGUUGAGAAAAAGCAAAUUAAUAAAUUUAAAUCUUUUCAUGAAACAUUGAACUGUGAUACAUUUACAGUAGAACAUAAUGACUUAGUGCUCUUCAGACUUCACUGGAAAAAUACUGAGGUGGACUUGAUGCUAAGUGAUGGAAAAGAGAAAUAUGAAAAAGAAAAAAUAAGAAAUAGUGUAAGUUCUGAGCAUGUCAAUGAAGAAAAAGCAGAAGAACACAUGGAUCUGAGGCUAGAGCAUUGCUUAGCCUAUGUUCUACAUACAUCGGGGACUACAGGAAUACCAAAGAUUGUCAGAGUGCCUCAUCAGUGUAUAGUACCCAAUAUCCAGCAUUUUCGGGUACUUUUUGACAUCACACAAGAAGAUGUUUUGUUUCUGGCUUCACCUCUGACCUUUGAUCCUUCUGUUGUGGAAAUAUUUCUCGCUCUAUCAAAUGGUGCCUCUCUGCUUAUUGUACCAACUUCUAUCAAGUUACUUCCAUCAAAAUUAGCCACUGUUCUCUUUUCCCAUCACAGAGUGACUGUUUUGCAGGCAACACCAACAUUGCUUAGAAGAUUUGGAUCUCAGCUUAUCAAGUCAACUGUUUUGUCAGCCACUACUUCUCUUCGAGUAUUAGCCCUUGGUGGUGAAGUGUUUCCAUCAUUGACAGUUCUCAGAAGCUGGAGAGGAGAAGGCAAUAAAACACAAAUAUUUAAUGUUUAUGGUAUCACAGAGGUAUCAAGUUGGGCGACUAUUUAUAGGAUUCCAGAGAAGAUUCUUAACUCUACUUUAAAAUGUGAAUUGCCUGUACACCUGGGAUUUCCACUUCUUGGAACGGUAGUUGAAGUUAGAGAUACUAAUGGCUUCACAAUUCAAGAAGGCAGUGGCCAAGUAUUUUUAGGUGGCAGAAACAGAGUGUGUUUUCUUGACGAUGAAGUGACAGUACCACUUGGCACAAUGCGAGCCACAGGAGACUUUGUGACUGUGAAAGAUGGAGAGAUAUUUUUUCUGGGACGAAAGGAUAGUCAGAUCAAACGUCAUGGCAAACGUCUUAACAUUGAACUUGUACAACAGGUUGCUGAAGAGCUUCAGCAAGUGGAGUCUUGUGCAGUUACUUGGUAUAAUCAGGAAAAAUUAAUUCUCUUCAUAGUAUCUAAAGAUGCUUUAGUGAAAGAUUACAUCUUUAAAGAACUGCAGAAACAUCUUCCAAGUCAUGCAAUCCCGGAUGAGCUUGUAUUGAUUGAUACUCUACCAUUUACAUCCCAUGGCAAAAUGGAUGUUUCUGAGUUAAACAAGAUAUAUUUAAACUAUAUAAACCUGAAGUCUGAGAAUAAGCUCAGUGGGAAAGAGGACCUUUGGGAAAAAUUACAGUAUUUGUGGAAGUCUAUUCUGAAUCUCCCAGAAAAUCUUUUGAAGGUUCCUGAUGAGUCACGAUUCUUAAAUAGUGGUGGAGAUUCACUAAAGUCCAUGCGACUCCUCAGUGAGAUUGAAAAACUUGUUGGGACAUCAGUACCUGGGCUUCUGGAAAUGAUUCUUAGCAGUUCCAUUUUAGAGAUUUAUAAUCACAUCCUUCACACAGUGUUUCCAGAUGAAGAUGUGACAUACAGGAAGAGUUGUGCCACAAAAAGGAAACUCAGCAAUAUUAAUCAAGAGGAAGCCAGUGGAACAUCUUUACAUCAGAAAGCCAUCAUGACUUUAAGUUGCCACAACGAGAUUAAUGCUUUUGUUGCACUGAGCAGAGGGAGUCAAAUUUUGUCUCUGAAUGCUACUAGGUUUUUACCAAAGUUAGGACAUUGCUCUUCAGCCUAUCCUUCUGAUUCAGUUUCACAGACCAACACUCAAAAUUUAAAAGGCCUAAAUUCUCCAGUUCUUAUUGGGAAGUCAAAAGAUCCAUCCUGUGUUGCAAAAGUUCCUGAAGAAGGGAAACCUGCGACAGGGACUCAGAAAAUGAAAUUCCAUUUGAGGUGGAGGUCAGACACAGGCAAAUGCGUGGAUGCUUCACCGCUGGUUGUAAUACCUGCUUUUGAUGAGUCAUCUACAACUGUGUACAUUGGUUCCCAUUCUCAUAAAAUGAAGGCAGUUGACUUUUACUCUGGGAAGGUGAAAUGGGAACAGAGUUUGGGAGAUCGAAUUGAAUCCUCAGCCUGUGUAUCGAAGUGUGGAAACUUUAUUGUGGUGGGUUGUUAUAAUGGAUUAGUUUAUGUUCUGAAAAGUAAUAGUGGAGAAAAAUACUGGGUGUUUACUACUGAAGAUGCUGUCAAAAGCUCGCCAACCAUGGAUCCAACCACAGGACUCAUUUACAUUGGAUCUCAUGACCAGCAUGCAUAUGCUUUAGAUAUUUAUAGAAAGAAUUGUGUUUGGAAGUCAAAAUGUGGAGGAACUGUCUUUUCCUCUCCGUGUUUGAACCUGAUUCCACAUCAUUUGUAUUGUGCUACAUUGGGAGGACUUUUACUGGCUGUAAAUCCUGCUACUGGGAAUAUUAUUUGGAAACAUUCCUGUGGAAAACCACUCUUCUCUUCCCCACAAUGUUGCUCACAGUAUAUUUGUAUUGGCUGUGUAGAUGGGAAUUUACUCUGCUUUACUCACUUUGGAGAACAGGUUUGGCAGUUCUCUGCCAGUGGACCAAUCUUUUCAUCCCCAUGUACCUCACCAUCAGAGCAAAAAAUAUUUUUUGGUUCCCAUGACUGCUUUAUCUACUGUUGUAACAUGAAAGGUCACCUGCAGUGGAAAUUUGAAACUACUUCAAGGGUCUAUGCAACACCGUUUGCUUUCCAUAACUACAAUGGCAGCAAUGAAAUGUUGCUGGCAGCAGCGUCUACUGAUGGGAAACUAUGGAUCUUGGAAUCUCAGAGUGGACAAUUGCAGAGUGUUUAUGAACUUCCUGGAGAAGUAUUCUCUUCUCCUGUGGUCCUGGAAUCAACGCUCAUUAUUGGGUGUAGAAAUAAUUAUGUUUAUUGUCUGGAUUUAUUGGGUGGCAAUCAAAAAUAAUCAAAUAUGGUCCUUAUUUAUAUAACAAAUGUGAGCUGUUUGAAAAUAUUUUAUGAUGAUAGAGCAUGUGGGUGGACUUAUUUUAUAUUAAAGAUGAUAUUUUGGCUAAGAAAC